CAUCAACCACAGACGCACACAUGUAGUCACACACCACCCAGAAUUGACGUGUAAGGGGAAAAUCAACCAUUAACUCCUUAAAUAACUUUCUCCUCUGGUGUCUGCAUCCACAGGCAGUUCUUAUGAGACCAGGAGCUUUUGAAGGGCAGUAAUGAGUGUGUCUUUGUCUCUCAGCACACUGCAACGCGAUGGUUGGAUAACGGCUUUGUAGUUGCCAGAUACACAUAAAGCCUCUAUAUACCGUAUGUAUGGGAGAGAAUGGUAGCGGCACAGUAAUAAGCCUUCAGGGGAGGAAGCGCUGGGAAGAAAAAUGUCUCCAAGUUAUUUUAAAAGAACACUCCACUAAUGACACUUGCAUUAGAAGAGUUUGGCCCAAGUUUACUUUCAUCUAAGUUAGUUUGGACUUUUUCGCCAAUUAGCCCUGGCUCAAGUUCAGGAUGGGAGGAACAACGAAAUUGAUGAUUUGAAUUUAAUCAGCGACUCCAUUUGCUCGAGCAUAAUAAUCAUUUCACCUAAAACUUAGUCGAUGAUAGAGAGAAUUCAUUUGAAUGAGGCAUAUCAUUUUCUUAGUCAUACUUGCAGAUGUUUCAUGAAACGUUUUUCUUGGUUCAUAAAAUAAAGUUGCUUUUUUUCCGUCAUUAUUUCUGUUUUUGUGGCAGAUUUUGGGAUAUUUUGGAAUGUUUUGUUUACUAUUUUAUUUAACGCAAAAUGCUAAUUCAGCUUGUUCAUUUUAUUUCACUAUCCUAAAUCAUUUUGCUGCGCCAAAGUUGCAGAUACAUUCUCACUUAGUUCCUGAACAGAUUGUAGAAUUAACUUGCAGUACAGAAUGACUUCAUUCUCCCAGAAACUUUCAUCGUGGCAGCCAUAUUUAGUUAGUACAAGAUUUUACAUUAUAAUAAAGCAAACAGAUAUAUUUAAAACAGCUUCUCUUAGUUUAAUGUCUGUGAAUAUAUAUGCCGUAGCGCCAUGGAAACAUUCAGUAUUACAAGGCUUUUAUUUUCAUCUGAAAUUUUCUCUGACGCCAGCAUUGUACCUUUUCAACCUCAAAACACUUUUAUUGUUUUGUCUUUAUGAGCUCUCAUUCAUGAUUCAAUUCCCUAACACUUCCAUUGAAUCUUAUUUCUAAUGAUCCUCCUAACACUGGGAGGGAUGAAGUAACUCACUUCACACUGAAAUGUAGCUUUGUGCCACCCUUAAAACAUCCGACAGUGGCACCGCGGGAAGAAAAUUUAAAGCGUGUCAGCCCACAGGCCCACUGGGAUUUUAAACUGUGGAUUUUAGCAUCAGGUGUUUCACACAUGUCGUAAGACUUGUGAGCAAAUUAGGAAAGAAACAGGUGUUAACGGUAUAAUUCAUAAUGGGUGACUUCCAUUUAACUGCUUGGGGGUGUUCUGGGUCUUUGCUCGUGCAGCCUCGCUGUCACACUGUGGUGCUUUACUGGGACACAGACACUGAGCUAUUGUUACUCUUCCAUUAGGGCUCUGCAUUGUCGGGAUAAAUAGUUACCUUUGUCUGGGAAUUUAACGUGACAGCGCCGGUUUAGAGAGGUAGUUCUGUAAUUAUUAUGCUUUAGGACGUAUACCAAACCGAAGUGUACGCACUGUGUAUAUUACUUGGUAAGUCGGCUCACAAGUAUGCUACAUCUGCGUGAUAUUUUUGCGUCAUUUUGCUGCCUUAAUCACAUGUAAGGAACUGUAAUGCACUUGUAUCUGAAUAAACUUGGGAUCAGGUUCUGAACUACCUCAUUAGCAUUUGGUCCGUGUAGCUGUCCAGUGUGCGUUUGGAUCAGUUGUUUGUGCCCCUGAUGAUGGUGUUUAAUUAAUUUGAAAUUGUAGUCUUUCAUAUGUGCUUGAAAUCGUCACCUUGACGUCAUGAAUAUGUCAGAUUCCAGUGCAUUUCCAACUUCAUUAAAUGUACUUAUUUACUACUCAUUUUGUUCACUGGCCAGUGCCAGAACUGUAAAAGGCUCCCCAUCCAUGGCUUUACACCAGCAAGGUGAAUGUGGUGGUACAAGGUGAAUGUAAUGUGGACGAUUUUUGGACGGAGAUAAGACUGUUUUCUGGAACAGAACUAAUAGCCUUACUAUCAUCUAAAUUUCCUCGUCGAUGUAAAAGUGCAGGCAGACAUUGUUUGAGCUUACAAAGUCAGUCUGGCUAAUGGAGCAGCUUCAGGCCAUGCAUCAAUAUGACAUCACAGAUUACAAUCUUUAGACUUUGGGAGCACUUUAGGUACUUUCAGUGCUGGAAGAGUGAGGCAAGAACUGGCCGACGAAACACUGAGUCAUUAUAAUAACAAUCACAGAGAUGAGGGUGGAGUCUUGCACUUGUACAGAUGAAUUACUUUAGUAUUCCCAACGGAGCGCCGCGGUGAACUUUGUUUCUUUUUUAUGUAGUUAAAACCAAACUCUUCAGAGCUCAUCUAUCUCCACUUAGUGUGUGGUCUGUUCAAAAAGGAGCAUUUCAGGACAGAUCUGUUUAGUGUGCUGCCCCUGGGCCAUAUACGACCGUCUGACCGGGCCAGUCUGGUCCAUGUGACGUCAACGAUGGAUUACAAAUCAUACCAUGAGUGAACUGUUUAGAGUGGAACUCUUUGAUAUUUCUGAUACAACUUCACUGAGUAAAACUUUCUGCAUUAGAGACAUAUAUUGAGAUACUUCUAAGCCAUUAUAGUAUUGUGUUGUUAAUGUUUAAUGAGUGAAUAACGCUUUGUUGAAUAUUAUUUUUAGAACAGUUUCCUAACAAUGUUACAUAUUGCGCAUGCCACUUUUAUUUAGUUUUCUUUUUUUUUAAUUUAAAUGUGAUAAACUCAUAGACAUUUACUAUACAUUAUUAUUGUUAUUAUUAUUAUUAUUGACACCAUCGUAUUAUACUUCUUUAAAUAUAUUUUAACAUAAAGCAUUUUGUUUUUGAAAUAGUGCAUCUUGGCUGUUUAUUUUUGUAUAUAUUUUUUUUAUAUAAUACCUACAUUGUAAUCCUCAUAAAACAGUCUGACUUAAAUUAAAAAGAUACCCCCCCCUAAAAUAGGCAUAUAUAGUGUACACAUUAAGCUAAUUUUGGUUAAUAUGUCUUGUCUUUUGGUUGGCUUUUUUUCUUUUAUAUUUUCAAGCUUUGAAGUUCCAUUUUCUCAAGAAACCUGGGUCAAGUUGUGAUAAUAUACAGUAAACAAUGUGGUUCAAUAUGUAGUUCAUUAUUGAGGUAACUAUGGAUGUCAUUUGGCGCAGUGUUGUAUUGUAAGUCAAUAUCAUAAAUAAAGGCAAUCAAAAUUUCGCAGCCGUUUUUCAGUCUGCUCAGAAAUAGUUCCUUAUUAGUUAUUAAUCACUGUCAGAGUUUGCUGACCAGAUUUCUGCCGUAUCUGACCGUCUAAUUGAAUCGGCCGUAUCUCACCAGCAAAACUGCUGAUUCCCAUGGAUAGCCAUUUAAUCGCUAGUUCCAUUACUGCCUUGCUCGUCCCUCUGAUUAUGACAUUUGACAGAACUCUGAAUCAGUUUUAUUGGCUGCUCAUUGAUUUAUAGUUUUGCCCACAAAGAUGGAGGACAUUUUGAUGCUUGGAAAACAAAGACUAAAUGAUUAAACUGCAUCCUUUCUGACAUCAAUUUCUCAGCAUUACAAAAGCCCAUGAAAGAGCAGUUGUUGUCAUAUAGAUUUGACAACGGUCAGUCGGAUUCAUACUUGUUGUUCAUGUUCUCAGUGGACGUUUGCCUCUAAAGGACAAUUACAGAGGAAACCAGUCACGCAGUUUCUUCAUCAGUGUCUAAUGAAUGUUUCAACAUUGUGAAGAUUUAAGGAGUGUCCGUUUUGCUGCGUUGUGACGUGGAAUCUGGAUUUGAUGGUCCCCAAUGUGAGAUCUGCAAAGCUGAAAGGCGCCACUGACAGAAACAUAGCCAAGCCUUAGGACAGACAUCCCAAACAUCCAGAGCCCCGGAAUGUGUAAACAUCUUUGUGGUGAAAUCCCGCUGACUCCUCACUUGCUGCUGUCAUAAGCCUCAAGCUGGGCCCACUGGGAUCCUAUGCUGUUUAAAGGCAUACAAUAAUGCCUGGGAGGCUCACCUGUCCCAGAAUGCCUCCAAACAUAGUUGGUGAUUCACCACACUGCUGACUGUGCCCACAACUGAGAAGGAUCACGUUCAAGCAUUGCAUCUUUGUCCCUCUCACUGCAAGCUCACACUGUGCAUCUGGCUGCCCUCACUUUGGUAUUUAAGAAGUGCAUGCCACUGUCAACCAAAUGACCUAGUGGAUAUUUGUUUCCCCGUAGCAGUGCUGUACCAUACGAGGAGAUCCUAGUAUUGAACAUGACUCAUGGGGAGGAGCCUGGCCCUGAGACACACAAGGAUUCAGCUGUUUUAACUUAUCUGGAAGGUUUACUGAUGCAUCCAGUGGUGGCCGGGCCUGGGGCCGCGGCAAGUAGAAGGUCUGAAGCUGCCCAUAGCAAUCAAGAACAGGCUGAGAAAGUGGGUGGCUCUUUCCAACUGCCCAGUCAUGGCCCUACUGCGCCAAAGGCAGGCACCAAUGGGCCCACUCAUGGGGCUUCUCAGCAUCUGAAAAAAGCCCGUCUGCUACGCUCUGAGGCUUGGAACAACCAAGGGAACCAGCGGAUUGGUACCCCACCAGCGGAGAUGAAUGGCCAAGUCAGAGGUCUACAAAAUGGGUCCUUAGAAGGCUCUCCUCAAGGGGGAGAGAGCACUCUUUUGGCUUCCUUGCUGCAGUCGUUCAGCUCAAGGCUUCAAAGUGUGGCAUUGUCCCAGAACACAGUGAAACCCCCAAGUGAGUGUUCCUCUCCAUCCAAGGCCCCAUCUGUGGACAAAUCUGUGGACAGAGAGCCACUUCCUGUGUACGGCACCGCAUCAAGUCGUUUAAAGGGUCUAAUGAGAAAAAGCAAACUUCAAAAUCACAGCAAUACACCUUACAGUCGUCGAGGACAAAAUCAAGACAGAACCCCUGAGUCACCUCGGUCCGCACACAGCGCUACUCCUCCUGCACCCUCAGCCUCUGAAUCGGUUUCCUGUGCAGAGCGUUUAAAGGCUGUAGCGAAUAUGGUUAAAAUACGCUCAAGUCCAGCACCUUCUCCAAAACCAAGCGUUGCCUGUAGUCAACUUGCUCUUUUGCUGUCAAGUGAAGCUCAUCUUCAGCAAUAUUCCAGAGAACAUGCUCUUAAAGCUCAACUGUCUGGCAGGUCUGCAAGUGAAAGAUUAGCUGCCAUGGCAAACCAGCAACUUGGCCCUGAGAAAAGGCCCGCAAGUGUAGGGGUGCCCCACCCCGUGGCUACAGAUGCACUCGCCUCUUUAACAACCCAAAAUGGAUUGAAUAAUCCAACCACAAUAACAGCGACACUCCCCCAGGCAACACUGUCCAGUCCUCGCAGUCCACCUCUUCCGCAAAGUCGUAACCAAAACUCCCCACCAACACCACCGCACAUGGCCAACCACAUUCAUGCCCAGCCACUAAAGGAAAAGAGAGGUUUUGACACGCGUCCUACCCGGCCUCCUCAGACGUGCAGCAGCUUGCUUCUGCUCCUACUCAACAACCACAACCAGAAGCAGCUAACAAAAAAUGGACACUUGGAAGACAAUUGUGGUAACUUGCCACAAAGUGGUCCGUCUUCUGUUGCAUCAGAUAGUGAAUGUUCUACACAAGAGAAAAGCCUGACCAAGGACAGCAGUGAUGUUGACAGCUCUUAUUCUUGCUGUUCCCCAAUCGAUCUCUCAAUGAGAAAUCGAGCCCAAGAUACCAGGCCAAACACUACAACACCCUCCUUCUCCCCUUCCUCUUACUCAUCCCCAAAUCUCUCUUCCACCACUGUGUACACAACCUCCGCUGCAGGGGUACAGUCACCUCAUGCCACUGUACCCCACACUGGUAUACCAUUGUCACCUGCUUUUACUGGUCCAUCUUCUGUCACUACAGCAAUGUCUGCUGCCUCCCUAGACAAGCUGACAGAAAGCUUUUUAAAAAAGUGGAAACCAGAGCCAUCUGCAUCGAAGGGGUCAAACCUCAAUGAACUUGAAAUGAAUCCCGAUUUAAAAUCUCACUCUAAGGUCACUUUGAUGCAGCUUCUUCUUGAGCGUAGAAAUAAUGAUAUGAUGAACAAACACACUGAUAAGAAGGAUUUCACUCUUGAUUUGAAUGCUUCCUCUGAAUCACACGGCCAGGCGAAGGGGCUGGUUCCCUGGGAAGAACCUAGAAUGAAAAGCCCCAUUGAUGGGUCCGGAGCCUCAGCUCAGUCUCUUUACACGCAAAGUCGCGAUGCAGGUGGAGCGCUUUCUCCAUAUCCUUAUUCCUCCCCUCAUAUCCAGUCAAGUCCACUAGAUUUGUGCAAGUCUAAAGCCUUUCCUGCUGAGAAGGCAACAGAGCCGGCCUUCAGUGCCAGUAAACUGUUACAGAAUCUGGCUCAGUGUGGCAUCGCAUCCCCCUCCCCACCCAUACCAUCAACUAAAGGGCUGAACCAGGAAACUGAAAACAACAGGCCCCUCGCCCUCUUAGAAAGACUAAAUGCCCCCAUCAACAGGACCACGAGCACUCCCCUCUCUGAAGGACCAUCAGGUAGUGGAACACCUUUUAGUCGAAAGGAAGUUUAUCCUCCUUCCCCACAAAUAGAAAACCUUUUAGAAAGGCGCACUGUACUGCAGCUUCUGCUAGGUACAGGCUCAACUUCAUCUCCCGGGAGUCGCAAGGAAAGGAAAAGUGAUGAGGGAAGGAGGAGUGUAGAGGUGGCAGGUGGGUGCUAUGAAAGAAAUGAAAAGAGUCUGAGUGCAUCCAAUUGUGAUAGCUCAAAUGGCCCAGCUUUGGAUGUUAAGCCCAAAACAGAGCUAAUGGAUGAAGUGAGCCCAACACCCGUGAUUGCCGAUGAUUUAGGUAACAGAAAGAGACCUAACAGCAUCGGCAAAAAUAGCCCACGGUCAGAUGCUCAGCCGGACAUCAAAACAGAACCACGGCCUGCUGAGGUCAUAGCAAAAUAUGGCCUCCUUAGCCAGCUGCUAAAGCAACAGACUGCUACCUAUUACACCAGUGCUGCCCUGCAGGUUGAGUCACUGCCCAGAAGAGUAAAAGAAGAACAGAAGGAGUUUCCAAGUCCAAGCCCUAAGAAGAGGCGUCUGUGCUCUGACUGGACUGAGUCUAUUGCAAAGUCUGGGGUGGCGCUUGAAAGUGGUGACCCGAACAUUUUCUCCCCGCCUGCAGGCCAGGAAGAGCUGGAUCAGCAAAGGUGUCUGAAGGAAGAGGAAACUCUGUCAAGGAGUUCGCCAAGUAAAGCCAUUGGCAGAGAAAGUCGGGGCUUCAAUGUACUGAAACAGUUACUUCUGUCUGACAACUGCUUAAAGGAAAUGUCCCAGACACCCCAUGGGGCAUCCAGUCCAUCUCCCCAGCAGGCCAAUGGAAAAGCUAAUGGCAGUAUUUACGGUCAGCCAGCGCAUAACCACAGCUUCCUUCACUUGCCCGGCUGGCACCCCCCUGCUCCCAUUAACUCAGGGCUUACGAGUAAUCUCAGACCACUGCCCACCCCCCCUACGAGUGACAGCCCAAUCCGGAGCCCCUGGGUUCAUCAUCCUGCGCCAUGGCCAGUCACGCAAAAAAGGGACCCGCCUACUCUGGUCAAACAAGAGCCGGAGAGCCCUGCCCGGUGGAGUGGCCAGGAAAACGAGGAAGAGGACGGGUGUGACUCAAACCCAGACUCACCGCGACUGUCUCGUUCCAACCCCAUCCUUUACUACAUGUUGCAGAAAGGCAGCAUCCAGCUAAGGAAGGAGAUUAAGGAGCAGAAAGAAGGAACUCAUUCUGCGGUCCGAGUGAAAGAAGAGCCGAUCAGUGACAUGCAUGCCUACGAACAGAACCUGAGCUCGACCCCACAAUCACCGAGCCACAACGACAAGCACAGCCGCGAGAACCAAGGGCUGAGCCAGUCAUCGGAGUAGACAAUGUAACCACGGAACGACAACGAAAAAACAAGGCAGAUCAUAACUAACUGGCUCUUUGUUUGUUUGUUUUUCUAAUGACUUGCCAAAUUUGUUUAAAGAGACAAAGAAUGCAAACAAAGACUAGCAAAGCUCAAAUCGAAAUGCUUUCUUAAUGUUCAAUAGCUGGUUUGCCGAUCGGUAUGACAAACUUUAAUUUCGAAGCAACUAAAAACAUCUUUCCCAUCAGUAAAGUCAUGCACUUGAUUUUUUUUUGUUGUUGUUUGUUUUAAUUUUGUAAUUUGCAAAUUUCUGUUUUGAUGUUGAGCACCUAUUUGUUGUGUUUGAAUUGCGGCAUAUCACUAUUCCCCGUCGAAGUUGCCUGACAUCAAGCAUUUAUGAGGAACAUUUCGAGCUGCAUUUAUUAUUGAUAACUCCAAAAAAUGUUAGCGCUGGGUUCAGUGCACGUUUAUUCGUUUUAUCCAUCGGGGCAUUGGCGGAUAGAUCGCGUGCUGUCAAUUUUGGAUUUAGAAACCAACUGGUCGGGGAUCUUCAUGGUCGACCAUGGCGAACCCCUUCGCCGGUUGGACUCAGGAUGCCGUCCCGGCAAUCCAGCGCCAGUGUUUCUGUAAUAUAAUCACUCAUGAAGUCGGAGGCGUGAGUUUGAAUAAUCGCAAUCCUGAGUUUAUUUAAAUAAAGAUCCACGACCAAUUUUCGACAGUGCAAAUUCAGGGUAAUGCGUUUGCAGAUUGUGCAAUUUCAAGCAGAUGGGUCAACGGAGCGUGUGUGUGGUGCUCACAGCUCAGCAACUGUGUGUAAGCAGGUUUCUAGAGCAACAGUUAAAAGACUGCCGUGUCUGGGGGAAAAAAAAACAAAAAAAAAAAAACGUAUCUUACCACCCUGCUUCAACCCACACUACUUUUCCUUACACACAUUUUAGGUGUGAAGCACAUGACUUUUUCCCUCUUGGUUUCAUAUAAAUGAGCACCCAGAGUUUGCACUAUUGAAGGCGAGUCCUCAGUGUCCUUUUUCAAGAAUAAUUUAAUGGCAUGUAGUAAAAAAAUGUCAGUAUUGUUAUAUAUUGAGGUUGAUUGAGAGUUUGUGAUUUAUUUUCCAUCCUUUCUGAGCUGUUGUGGUUUACUGACAUUUUACUUUGUGGCAAUCUCUAUUCAUAAAUGUCAAAAGAAACGCAUGAUAAUGAAGACCACAGGGACAUCGUUGUUUUAAAGCAGCUGUGUGUGUAUCUGCCCCCCAGAAUAAUUGCCAAGACAGUUUUGUGGGCGUGUCCGACAUCGAUCUCCUUAUUUUGAUUGUACUUGUUUUGUUUAUUUUUUUUUCUUUUGGUUGAUUUUACGAACUGAAUCAUCCACUUUGUCUUGUGAUAUUUUGAAUACAUGAAGUACAUCUCCAGUUAUGAAUACAUUUUCACACAAUGGUUGAAUAUAUUUGUGUAAAUAGUACUUUCAGUAUGAAAGAUGACUAUUUUGUAAUGUUGAAGAAAAGAUAUUACCCUAGUUUUUAUGGCCCUGAUGUAAAUAUGAAUUAUAUGCUUACAAGUGUACAUACAAAGGCAAAGGAUGUUAUGCUCAUCUUUUUUCGGUUGGUUUGUUCUUUGCAUGUGUCUCUAUGUGGUAAAUGAUAAUCUAUCCUGCGCUGUGUUGUGUAAUAAUGUCUGACUCUCCUCACUGCUGCCUGUUGCAUGCAGACGCAUGGGAACUACCUGUGUAUCCCUACUGGUGAUGGGGCAAAAUGUCAAGUCUUAAAAUAGGUCUUUUUAUCUCAGAGAGAAGUCGGUCCGGAAUACGAACAGUCCCUUAACAAACUAACCGCGGACUGUUGAGCAAGUUGGUCAUGACAAGUGUGGAAAAGUAAACGUGCAUUGAAUAUUUUUGUGAUUUUCUUUUCUGUUACUGGUUAACAAAGCUCCGUGCGAGAGCUGGGGGGGCGGGCUAUAGUGGGGGGAUCGACGUACAAUCAUAGCUCUGCAUUGUGCAUCUAAGAAAUACAUUUGUAGCAGCAACUAUUAAAAGAAGAUGUUUCUUUUUUUUUCAUGUGAGGACCUGAAACAUAAUUUCAUUUUUUUAUGCUUUAUUUUUUGGUGUUCAUUUGCACUGGUAUCUGAAAAUAAAGUACUAAAAUGCA